AUGCACCGCAGGUUCCAAACCACCUCUUCCUCGUCCUCCAGGUGGGGUCUUCCUCUGUCUGCCAUUGCCUCAUUGCCGUUAUUCAUUCACAAAUCACCACCUUCACUUGACUCUAACUACGUAUUUGAGUGUGCAAUAUGUUUGAGUGUUUUCCUAGAGGAAGAGAUUGGAAGGAAAUUGCCGGGAUGUGGGCAUGUGUUUCAUGUGGAUUGUAUAGACAUGUGGUUGUACUCGCAUUCUACUUGCCCUAUUUGUCGGUCGUUAAUAAUAUGCCACUACAGUAAUCAUAUAGCAGAGUACAUAGAGAUUGAUUUACUUGACCAAGAAGGGGAAUUAGAGUUGGAGAUUCACAAUCCACAAAGUAGUCCAGUACAAGAAAGUAGUAAAACUACAAACAUGGUUGUUCAGGUUGAUUCUGGAACGAGUUCUUCAUCAACCUCGGAAUGA